AUGAUUAGAUAUAUCAAAUCAGGUCUAUCGAAAAGAGCUGCACGUGAUGAAUAUAUAUAUUCAUUACAAGGAGAAGAAAAAUUUCCAGGUUUAACCGAUCUUAUCAAAAAACAUGAUCCACAGUUGACCGUCUUCGAUGUAGCACGAUCAAUAAAUGCGUUGAAAAAACAACGUGUUGAAAAGGCGCAUGAUGAACAUCCAAUGUCAAGUGAUGAAAUAGAUUCAAUCUUAACUGAAUUUAUUUCCUGUAAUGAUCAAUAUUUAAGGCAACAAGCAACGGUGGUGGUAUGUAAAAAUAGUGGUGAUAUAAAAAGUCAAGUAAAUUAUAUUGAACCAGUACGAGUAUUUGUAAAUUUAUCAACGACUAAUCGAGGAGAAAUAGAAAUCUAUCUUUGCUCACCAUCAAAUACAAAAACAACAAUUUUACCAAGACGAGCUAACGAUCACAGUGAUCAAGGUUUUGCCAAUUGGGCUUUUUUAACAGUACAAUUGUGGUUUGAAAAUUCUCAUGGACUAUGGAAAUUCCAAAUAUGUAAUACAGGUAGAGGAUCAGGUAAAGAAUCGAUGAAUAUAAAUGAAGUUGAAGAAGAAAAGUGCAUGUUUUAUGGCAAACCAUAUCGUUGUGUUAGUAUAUGUUCUGAAGGUACUUAUCCAUCUGAAACUGAUAAAUCAUGUUUACCUUGUCAUUCAAGAUGUGGUUCAUGUCGCAAUACUAGUGAAAAUAGUUGUGUCAGUUGUAAAUAUGGUUCCUUUCUUAUACAUGAUGCAAUGAUAUGUUCCGAGUCGUGUCCCACUAAUUAUUAUACUGAUCGUAAUCUUCGAAAAUGUGUUCGUUGUAGAUCUGAUUGUGCAUCAUGUGAAACAAGUUCUUAUAUAUGUACAUUGUGUUCAAAUGGUUACGCUCUUACAGAUACUGAUUGUGUAAAAUCAGCACGAGAAUGUCCAUCUGGUGAAUACUUUGAUUUUACUACUAAUAAUAGACAUGAAUCUUAUCAAUGUAUUUUAUAUGAUAAAACAAGCAAAUUUCCUUAUCUUCAAUAUCAUACAUGCAUUUCGUCAUGUUCACCAGGAUUUUAUCUUUCAAAAAGUACUUCUGAAUGUCUUUCAUGCCAUGAAACAUGUCUUAAUUGUACAUCAUCAAAUGACUCAUCAUGUUUGGCAUAUAAAAUAGGUUAUGAUUAUUUUUCUGAUAUUCAUCCUUGUGAAAAACAUAUUGGUAAAACAUACUAUAUUGAUAGUAAAACAGGUGAAAUACGUACAUGCUAUUCAUCAUGUACACUAUGUAAAGGAGCAAGUCCAACUGAUUAUAUUGCUUGUAAUCCAAUAACACAAGUACUUCUUAUUGAUGGACAUUGUGUUAAUGAAUGUCCAGCAGGUUCAUAUGAAAGUGAAAAGAAGACAAAUGAAAUUCAAACAAAUAUUUGUUUACCAUGUCCAAUUGGAUGUAAACUGUGUACUAAUGCAAAUGAUUGCAGUCAAUGUGAUGAAAUCAAAGGAUUUCAUAUAGACGGUCGAAAAUGUUUACCAACAUGUCAAUCAGGUACUUUUCAAAUGGAUAAUCAUUGUCUACCAUGUCAAGAUCCGUGUGUGACAUGCAUGAAUUUAACAAGUUGUUUAUCAUGUAAUAAUAAAUUAAAUUUAUUAAAUGAUCAAUGUGUUGACAAAUGUCCAGAUGGUUAUUAUUUAAAAAAUAACAAAUGUAUUCAAUGUAAUCCAAUAUGUCGCACAUGUACAGGUUCAUCAGCAGAUGAUUGUAAAUCAUGUGCAGAUGGUUUUCGUUUUGAUGAACAGCAACAGCAAUGUUUGAGUUUAUGUCCAAAUGAAAAUUUUUACAAUAAAGAUGAUAAUGUAAGUAACUAA